AUGACCCGGUGCGCCUUGCUGAUCAGCACCCAACCACCAGCGAAGGCAGCCGCCUGCGGCCAGCCCGUGAUGAUGCUGACUAAUCCGUACACUCCGCCGCCAGGGAUCUCUACACAGCAGCCUGCACAGAGUUUUUCCAACGGCAUGACGCUGCACCCGAUGGGCAAGAUCAACAUUGCUGGUCUGGAUAUGCAUGAGAGCACGCCUACGCUGGCCAUUCCGCCGAACAGCAUAGUAGCUGGUGUGGGUGCUAGCAGCAUUCCCUUCCGCCGCUACUCCACACCAGUGAUCCAUGGCUCUAUGAUACCCACGCGGAACAUGUACCAGAAUUUACUGCUGGCACAGAAUGGCUCAUCGGACAGCCUUGACGAUAUCCCGCUGGCACAAAUAAGUGUUGGCACCGGUCUCAUACAGCACGAUGCCCUUACAUCCCCUGGAUGGGAAGCUGCAUCGGGCAGUAUCCCCUGCUCACCCGAGUAA